UUCAGGUAUAGUGUAAACAAGACAAUUUAUUGAAGACUAAACACAAACGCAGUGCAAGGUAUACAUAACACCGUGCAAACAACCCACACCCAACAGAUAACCAUAUAUGCAAUUAAACGUAGUCGGGCAGGCCGGGUCAGUAGCAAACAGGCAAACAGGGUACCAGGAGCGAGCGGAAGAGUGGUCAGGAAUAGCUGACGUCAGGACAGGCGGAGUUCGUUCAGAGUCAGGAUCAAAGCAGAGUCAGGAUCAGGCAGGAAGCAGACAGAAUGCAGGUACAGGGGCUCAUGGGAAACAUACACCAAGGCACUGACUGUAGGUCCGGCCAUUCCUUAAAUACACCUCCUGCAAUCAGCCUCAGGUGAUGGCUGACUGCAGGAGUGAGCUUCUGGUUGCUGAGAGCACCCGCUGGCCAGCCCUGGUACUGCAGCCCACAUGGCAGAGGAGUCCCACCAACUAAGGGUGAGUCUAUUCCUGACAGCCAUUAACGCAAGAAUGAUCCUCCACAUGUAGUCU